AUGAAGGUAUUAGUUCUCCUUUCUUUAGUAGCACUCAGCGUUGCUCUACCAACACUCCUUGAUAGAACCGUAAGAGUAAAAGAAGAUGGAACUGUAUCUCUCUUCGGCUCUAGAGGUAUCGAAAUCGAUAUCCUCAAGAGUAUUGUCGAUCCCAGAAUUGUCGAAGUCGUCUUCAGAAGUCCCAACACAAGAACCCAGAUAUUACAAAUCGAGGAACCAUUAAGAACUGGAAACAUGAACAACCGUUACGUUCUUGGCGUUUCAGUUGACCAAGACUACAAUCAAGCUGAUGUUCUUGUCAACAUUUUCCGCCAUUAUCAAGGUACACUUGACGAUACUAAAUACUACAGUCUCCUCAAUAAAAUUCAAUUGUUGGUUAAAGCUGGACUCGUCAACCAGACAAUUUACGACAUUAUCAAAAACUGGGAUCUCGAAUACCGUAUGCAAGGAGUUAGAAACGUCUGCAAGUUAGAUCGUGGCAAUGGUAAUCAAUCCAAUAAUGAAAUGUCGCAUGUUUCGAUAUACGAAAAUACCGGCUCAGACACAGGUUUUUCACCUACAGUUAAUCCACAAAAUACAACGAACGGUAGUUACGAAGUUAUGGAAGAUGGUUCGCUAGCUAUUGUGACUGGAACUUCACCUGAAAACAUGCUAGAUGGAAUUAUAGGAUAUUCAUUAGAUACCGAUGCCGCCUUAUUGGAAUUGGAAGAAAACAAUGGUGUAGCAAUUCAAGGCACUUAUAGUAUUGUUGAAAAUAUGAUGUUAUCAACUACUGAUACUGAGAGUAGUAAUUUGACUAACUUAAGUACUCCAACUUCCUCCAGCACAAGCUACACAAGCACGAAUAAAAGAAAUUUAUUCGCUACAUCUCAAGCUAGACCAGCCAAAAAAUCAAAGAAAAUCACCGACUAUAUGGACAUAUUACAAGAGUAUGAAGAGGAGAAGAUAAGCACUGCACUAGCCAAAUUUAUAUUCGGCUGUAACUUACCAUUUACUGUGGUAGAAUCACCUCUCUUUAAAAAUUUUAUAAAAACGAUCCGUCCUGCUUAUUUAGACAAAAUUCCUGGCCGGAAAAAACUUUGUACAUCGCUUUUAAAUAAGUGCUAUGAAGACUGUAUUGAGAUUUCACGUAAAAAAGUGGAAACCGAGUCAGUCAUUUUGUGUGACGGUUGGAAAAACUCAUCUACUAAUUCUAAAACGGUUGUGACAAUGUUGCAUAGUGCAGACGGAAAAAAUGCCUUUCUUGAUGCUUGGGAUUUAACCACGGAGUCUGAGACUGGAGAAAAACUUGCCGAAAUAAUAACAGAAUCUAAAAAAAUUGCAAAAGAAAAAUACGAUGUAGAUGCGUACGGUAUAGUUUCGGAUAAUGCUAGUGCAAUGAUUAAAAUGGGAUCCCUCCUCAAGCACAACAUGUGGCACUCUACGUGCAGUAGCCACACCGGCAACCUUUUAGCCAAAGACGUGCUGGAUAAAAAGUUAGUCGACAAUGUGGUCAUUGUCCUCAAAGAAUUUAAGCAACCAGAUUUAGAAAAAAUGAUAGUUGAUAAGGGAGGGCGCAGAAUCCAAUUGCCGGCCGAAACAAGAUGGUGCUCUUACCGAGAUUCUUUCAAAAGUCUCCUAGAAAAUCUGGUAUAUAUGAAACAAGUAGCCGCUGUAACGAAAAAAAAGAUUAAGCCGAAAGUCAAGGAAUUAAUCUUCAACGAUGAAUUUGUGGAUGAGAUUCAACAGAACAUAGAAAUUUAUGAACCCAUUUGUAAUCUGAUCAAUGCUUGUCAGAAAUCUGACACAUCUGUAGCAGAUGCCGUUCAUCUGUGGCUCAAUUUGAAUCUGCCAGAUAACCUUAAAGAAAAAUUGAAACACAGACAACAAAUGGCGUUAAACGUGUACGCAUUAACUGCGUACUAUCUGCAUCCGAAAUAUGAAAAUUCCAAGCUUACGUCAGAGCACACUGGUAGAAUAACUCAGUUCUUACUCAGAAAGUUGUGCAAUCAGGGCAUAGAAGAAUGGGACAAAUUUAACACUAAAUCGGUCUCUGCCAAAGCACGAAGAGAUUCAACACUGUUUCAUGAUAUUGUCCCCGUUCAGGGAGUAAGUGCUCUUCGUCAAUACGUUGGACAAGUUGGAGAUGUUAUGCGUCUUGGUGAAAAUUUACAUUAUGGAACCCAAAGAAACUGGAAUCUUGACCAAGACUUGCUCCAAAACUAUUUUCCACUUAAACAUUUCCAAACUCUGCUCGGACAAAUCCAACAGCAACGUGAACUUCAACAAAGUUUAUUAAACCAACAACAAUAUUUACCUCAACAAUAUCUAUCUGGGCAAUAUCUUCUUGAAGAUCAAAUAAACACUGACCAAAUCUUGAACCAAAUUUACAGACAACAGAUUGGACAAAGUCCAUUGAACCGUUAUUUGGUAAACAUGCGACUUGUAAAUGGAGAACAAUUAUACGAAGUUCCUGAAAAAUUCGUUAAUGUUCAACUUCUUGAACAACUCUUUGUUAAACAAGAAAUGAUCAACCAAAAAUGGACUGAAAUCAUAGAAAGAGGACAACCAAUCACUGAAGAUGUUCUCUACGAACAACAACUUAUUAACGAACAGAUCGAAAAGCUUAUUGAACAAUUAGUUUACCACCAAAAUCUCAUUACACGUGAAGUUGAACAAUAUAUUGUUAAAGGACAAGUAGUUCCCCAGCAGCUUGUUUACCAACAGAGAUUGGUCUACCAACAAGUUCAUGAAUUGAUCGAACGUUUGAACUACCAACAGCUCUUCUUGAACCGUCAAGCCGAAAGCAUAACCGAACUCGAUACUAUAUCCCUUCAAAGAUGGAUUGUACAACAAACUAUUAUUCACGAACAGAUCCAAAAACUAAUUCAACAAUUAUUAUUCCAACAAACACACGUAAGAGAACAAAUUCAAGUAUUAAUUCAACAAGGAAAAGUUAUCCCACAGGAAGUCGUCCUCUACCAAAGAAUUACCUACCACUACGUUGAAAGAUUUCUUCAAGUUUUGAUUAAACAAUUCGUAUAUCAACAAAACUACUACAAACAGUUGAUCCAACUCUUGGGACAACAAAGACACCCUAUUCCCCAAGAAUUAGUUUCCCAAUACUUCAUCAUUUACAAGCAAUUACUUCAGCUGAUUCAACACGGAGAUAUUGUACCUGAAGAUUUGAUCUACCAACAAAGACUAAUCCACCAACAGAUUGUUCUCAUGCUCCAACAAUUGAAAGUUGUUCCACAACAAUUAAUAACCGAGAUGGUUCCUAACACACAAGAACGUUUGUGGCAGACUCAAAGCAUUUUCCAAAGAUUGCCUCGCGUUUAUUAA